ACGUGAAACGUCAAACCAAAAAUUGAGACAAGUCGCUGAUGAUGUGUUUAAUUCAGCGAAAUAACUGAAAAAGCCUGCUAAUUAGAUUCUGAAUAUGUUUCUACUUCACUGCUAGCACAUAAAUUAACUUAGAAAUGAAUUUCAAUGCUUCCAGAAACGUGGGUCAGGCCGGAGGUCUGCGGAAGGCGAAGCGGGUGAGCGACGUGGCGGCGAUGGGCGCGCCGGCGCCGCCGCCGCCGGCGUACAGCCCGGCGCCCGGCUUCAGCCCCGCGCCCUCCUACAGCCCGACGUUCGGCGCGCCGCCGCACCAGGAGGGCAUUCAGCUCGACGCGGGACAGGACUUUGGCGCGCCCCAGCAGCCACCUAAUUAUGGUUACAUGGGAGGAUACCCUCAGUCUCCGAUGGCGGCCAUGGCGUCACCGGGUCAGAUUGGCUCCAUGCUGCAACAACCUGUUGUACAGGACAUGGCCCUGCAGUACGGCAACCAGUUAGCAGCAGCAGGGCGCGAGGCGGUGCAGCGCGAGCUGGGCCGCUACGUGCCGGUGGCGCGGCUGCGGUACUACUUCGCCGUGGACACGCGCUACGUGCUGCGCAAGCUCAUGCUCAUACUGUUCCCCUACACACACAAGGAUUGGAUGGUAAAAUACGACCAAGAGAGCCCAGUUCAGCCGCGUUACGAUCUAAACGCGCCCGACCUGUACCUGCCGGCCAUGGGCUACGUCACUUACGUACUAUUAGCGGGCUUCAUGCUUGGGCUCCAGCACCGCUUCUCCCCCGAGCAGAUCAGCAUGCAGGCGUCGAGCGCGCUCGCGUACAUCGUGUUCGAGAUGCUCGUCUACACCGUCACGCUCUACGUCACGCACACACACACCAACCUGCGCACGCUCGACCUGCUCGCCUACUCCGGCUACAAGUACACCGCCAUGAUAGCCAGCCUGCUGGCGGCGCUGCUGGCCGGUCGGACGGGGUACUACAGUAUGCUGGGGUACUGUAGUGUCGCGCUGUCUUACUUCUUGGUGAAGACCCUCCGCGUGCAGGUGCUGGCGGGCUCGGCGGCGCCCGCGCCCGCGGCGGCGGCGGCGGGCUCCGGCUACGGCGCGCCGUACGCGGCCGCCGGCAGCCCCUACGCCGACGCCUACCAGCCCGCGGGCGGCACCAAGCGCCGCGUCUACUUCCUGCUGUUCGUGGCCGUCACGCAGCCGCUGCUGUGCUGGUGGCUCACCUACCAUCUGGUGCCCGCUGCGGCGGUAGCUGCGGUGCCGGUCGCGACGCGAUAGCGGUAUCACAGUCCCUGAAGCGAAACAUGCUAAGAAAUGGUCGGUUGUUAAAAUACUGACACGCGUUACGUACGAUUUCGAGCGAACGUCGCCCCGGGCGCCUUAUGCCGCCCCGACUCCGACCCCUCCGGCGGGACCGCGAGGCGCGUCUAUUUCUUUACACUUGUGGCUGUGACGCUGCCGCUGUCCCGCCGGUGGCUCGCCUACCAUACAAAAAUAUAAAAGUGUCUAUCAUAUAAAACUAAAUAAAUUAUCUGCCUGCUCCCAUCCUAUUUUCACGUCAAUCCGUGAAAUGACCGAUUGUGAAUCUUAUUUCUACGACAUAAGGUCUACCUAUAGUCGGUCACUCGUAUUGCUCGUCAACACACCAGCUUAAACAUAUUUAGACCUUGUGUCUUUACAAUAAGGCUGAUGAACUAUCAAUGUAUAAAGCCACGUCAUUUUCCUACUAAAAUGACCAUUCGUAAGCGGGCUAUGUGCUGUCAUUACCGUAAUGAACCCUGUAAUAUAAUUAGCAGAGUCGUUAGGACAGAGCCGAUCUCAUUUACGAAUUACAUUACAAAAACAACUUGUGUUUGUGACGUUCUAUGCCUAAAGGCGUUAGAGGCCAAACGCGAUAAGUUGCAUGAUACCCUGCAGCCGGACCACCUGGCCUUAUUGUGCUCAGAUCACAAUGGUGGAAUAGGCCCUUGAUGGUCCGGCUGGAGAGAAUCACGUGACAAUUUGGGCAAACUUGUUACUGAAAUUCGAACUGUGUGCAAUUUUCCAGGGUUCGAGGAUAUAUAUCCAGCGGGGUUCGACGAUAUAUAUCAAUGGAUAUAAAUAUCCGAUAUUUAUCAUUUGUUUAUAAAUAUUGCAAUUCAAAAAUGGUUUUUAAAAAAUGUAACAUUGUCGAAAAUAUAGUUUUUUGUGUUUGAAACUGUUUUUCUACUAAAUGUUCUGUUUUUAGUAGAAUUUUCCUUAUCUGAAUUUGUAUUCAUAAAUAAUGCAACAAAAUACUGCUAUGCUUUCCAUACAAAAUCGAUAUAUAUCAAAGUUGGUAUAUAUCCGAUAUAUAUCAUAAAUAUCCGAUAUUUUGAUAUUUAUUAUAAAUAUCGGAUAUUUUCGAACCCUGCAAUUUUCGCAAGGUUCUUAUUGCAACAAAACAUAAUCCCGAUUGAUCCUCUUACCUCCUUGAAGGAAUUUUAGCUGAAAACGUCCUUAUUAUAUUUGAAGCAUAAAAACUCUUCUGUGAGGAAAAGCCACAUUGAUUCAAUUAAUAGAUAUUUAAGCUGUUUUGAAUGAAGGUUUCACCUUCUCAGAAAUCGGCCGUGUCCUAACGAUUGCUAUUAAUUUACUAUUAGUUGUAAAUAAACACCGUUCCAACGGAUUUGAUAACAUUUUGUAAUUUGUAUUGACUUCCUACCUCUGAUUUGUAUGAAGGAAAAUGUAAACAAGUUUUUUGGUAAUUUCUGAUCUAGACCCAUGACACUGCUACCAGUCUAUAGUUGUAUAGUUUGGUAAGCCAUUUCACACAGUAGAAGAGGUAACAAAUUUGAAAUGGCACCUUUUUACUGACAAUGUGGGUUUGCCGGUUUAUAUCACUAUUGUAUUUAAUUAGUAACCCUUAUAAGUAAACUUUAGGGAUAUUAAAAAACAUAUGUUGCUUUGUUAUCUAUUGUUUUUAGAUAGAUAUAGGCAUAUUACUUAAAUAUUAUAUUUUGUAUUUAAGUGUUUUUAUUUCACUCCUUACUGCAUUUAAAAUUGGUGAGUUUAUUAAUGGUGAGAAAAGUAAACGAAUUGGUUUCAUGAAAAUCUAGGUGUAUUAUAUUUAAAAAAAGAAUCCAACUGCAUUUUGACCGACAUUCUGGCUCAUCCGCCAAUCUCCUAUGAUUAUGAUUUUAACUUGUAUUUUUACUAAUCCUUGCAUUAUAUUAAAGAUAUAGUUUUUUAAAUUGU